AUGAAAGGGCUGUCUGUUAACGAUGUCUUUCCUACAAGGGAAGAGGCGGAGAAGGCUUUGGUAAAUCAUGCGGUACAGAACAAUCUCAACUACGAUCUUGAAGAGACGCCUAAGUCAGUUGCCGUACUGUGCAAGGGAAGAAAAGAGUUUGGAUGUGAAGCCAGGAUUGUUGCACAACUAAGAAAAAAGGACGGGGUUUUUGUGGUGAAGAGAAUUAGACUGUCCCAUAAGUGUCCUUCGGUGACAUCUAAGUAUGGGUCUCCAGAGGAAAUGGUCCGAAUGGAGGUGUAUAGGGCUAUAGGGGAUAGAUAUGCAAGAAUAGGAGAAGUUGUGUCUAUUCUUGCGGGUAUGAAUAUAAAGAUGGGUUAUUUUUCUGUGUGGAAAGCUAUGAGACAGGAGAACGAGAUGGAGAAGGAAAACAUGAAUUUGGGCCCUUUAGAGCAGGGCGGAAAGAAUGAGCUGUUUGAUGCAGCACUUAAGGAAUUUUCUCAUGAGUUUCUGGAGCUCAAUCCCAGUGCGGUUUCCCAUUGCCAAGAAAAGAUGUUCUUCUUCUCCUUUCCCGAAUAUCUCGAUGUCCUUGUUCCAAUUGUUGAGAUAAGGAUAUACAAGAGGAUAGAAGGCUUUGCUGUUCUAGGAAUUCUUCGGGACCCCACAUGGUCUCCUAUCAUAUACUCCUGCGUGGUUUCGGAUCUGGAGUGCCAAGAGAGUGCCUUUAGAUACUUUAUCGAUUCGAUGCCAGAGCUGUUCUUUCUUGUAGAUUUUGAUGCUGACCUUAUCAAUGUUCUCAAGAAAAAGGACAGAAAGUUUUUCGUGAAGACCCGUGACAUAUGUAAGUUCUACUACAACAAGACAAAAUCUAUUGAUGCUGUGGAAAAUAUAUGGAAUAAGUGCAAUAAUGAUAGGGAAUGGAGCAGCCCCGAGCUUAGCUUUAUAGAUAAGAAGCAAUAUUUGAAGAGAUGCUGUGAGACAGAGAUGCUUGGAUUACAAAAUACAAGUGAAUGCGAUGUCGAGUUUAUUGGGCUGGGGAUUUUCAAUCUUCCGUUCUUUGACUGCAUUGGUGCGAUUUUGAAGCUAGCUAGCGACAAUUUGAAACAGAGAAAAAAAUCUCCUCUUGGGGAAGGGAAAUACUUGUUUGGCAACAAUGUCAUACGUAGAAUAGAGAAAAACUUGUCUAUAGAUGUUACAGAUGCUUCCUACAAUGUCGAUUUGGAGAACCAGACAUGCACAUGUGGAAGAUUCCAGGAGUUUCUAAUACCGUGUCCCCAUGCUUGUAAGAAGAUACUUGAUUUGGGAGAAGAUCCGUAUUCAUAUGUCAGUGACUUGUAUUCUAAGGCAAGACUGUUGAAGCUCAAAGAUAUAACACCUGUCGUAGACCUGCCAGUGAAGUGCCAGUCAGACAGGAACCUUCUCAAGCGUGGCCCUGGAAGGCCAAAGAAGAUAUUAGUUAGGGAACCUCCGGUUGUUAGGAGCUAG